CCGUGAAAUAGCAAAGACGGGGCCGUGAAUUGCAGGCUUACGCAAAGGACUGACCCCGACAACAAGAAUUCCACUUGCCCAUGUCCAACGAAUCUGAGUCGUCACUGCCCACACAAGCAAAGUUUUAUAUGCCAUCUUCACCUCCAUUUGUUGGCACGAACAACCCGCCAUUUAACAUGAUGGACAAUAACCAGGGCCUAGCAAAUGAACACUUUAUUGAUCAUCAAGAGGAAGACUCAAAAACGCACAGUCGAGCUGGCUCGGUAGAAACAAUGCGUCCCACUAGCGGGCAGCGCAAAAACGCCGAUGCGAACGACAAGCCGGCCAUCGAGAACGAGGAAGACUUAGAAGAGCAGUGCGACCCAGCAAACCAGAUUGUCGAUUUUGACUGGGAGGAUCUUGCAGUGCGUUAUCAUCAUGAGAUGAGGCAAUGCCAGCAGCACGAGGAAGACCUCCUAAAGGAAUACGGGGAACUUAUGGAUUUCUUCCGCGUAUGGGUGGAAUCUGGCCACGCUCAUGAGACUGAUCGAACGUACCACCGGUUACGAACUCGCAUGACGCAUGUCCAGAGUUCAGAAGAACAUCUGGAGAAAACAAGAAACCACUAUAUCAACGUGGUCAAGGCCUUUGAGAGUGCGCUUAACCUACUGAAUUCUUGAUCUGUGUUGUUUCUCAUCAACUCAGACGCUUUGUAUCUUGCAGAUACCACCCAUUACGAAAGAA